AGGUAAAACGAACACACAGGUGAGACGGUAGCCGCAGACGAUCGUUCCAACGCCCCCUCGGAAAUUUGCUUUCUGCCUGGGAUUUUUCCACCUUCAACAGGUUGUCGGAGAUUUCUCUGUGAGCGAACUGCUUUGCCGUGCACAGGAUCGGACAAGAAAGCUUGCUUUAAGGCGAGAUAUAGAAGUUUUAACAAAUAAUGGAUCCUUAUAAAUGGGACAACAGAGUACGAUUCGUUGUAAGGCAUAUGUAUGAUACUGAUAACAAUGGAUACCUUGAUGUGAACGACUUCGAAAGUCUGGCGCUAAAAUACACCCUCUACGAGAGCAAAGGAGCUUAUAACCCUGAACUACACGAAAGCAACAAAAAGAAAAUGCACGACUUGUGGUUAGAAAUGUCAGAACUAGCUGAUUAUGACAAAGACGGGCAGGUGACGGUGGAAGAGUUCAAGCAAGGCGUCCAGAGUGUUUGCAUGGGCAAGACGUUCGAACAGUUUCCACAGUCUCUUAAACAUGCCAUUAACUGCAAAUUUCAAGCAACAGAUCUAAAUGGUGAUGGAAGUAUUAACUUAGAAGAAUUCCGGUUGGACUGCGUAGGCCGUUCUGCAUUUCAAGAAAUUAAAGAAAUCGAUGAUUGCUACAACAAAUUACUUACCGAUGCUGAUAAGGGCAAGGGAAUUUCUCUGGCUCGCUACCAAGAACUAUACGCCCAAUUCAUUGGCUGUCCUGACUCUGAUGUUCCUGGAGCUUACCUUUUUGGACCUCUGACUGUGUUCGAGUGAUGGAGAGAAAAUUAUCAAUGAUCAUUGGUUCUUCUACCUGUUUUUGUUCGAAAUCCUGUUUUUACCGAUUUGAUUAACUGUUGGUUCAUUGUCUCUUUGUCUCAGUGGGUACAGUUGCACCCUGUAUUCAGAUGUUGUGUUCUGUAAGCUGGAUGGAUGUUAAAUUUAUUAAGAUCAUGGGGAUGGAUUUAAAUUUUUGAAAAAAAAAUUUUGUUUUAAAAUCUUUUUCUUCCCAUUUGGUGGAUGUCAUGCAGCUAGCCAUUGUUAAUUUGCAAUUAAUGGGACCCUAAACCAGAGCUUUUCUGAAACAGUUCAUUAAUUCUAAUCGAAAAUUUGUAUAAAGAAUAAAGUUCAAAAAUAGGCAAAGAUGCAUCAAGAGAAUAUUGAUAUAAUUACAUUAGACUGUCUAUAUCUAGAAACCUUUCAACCAAAAAAAACUUGUUUGCUAUAUUUGUGAUUCAGAAUACCAAAAAGAAUACGUAAAGUUCAUAUUUUAAAACUUUUUACGUGUUUUGCAUAUAACUAAAAUGUAAUAUCAAAACCAAAAUAUUUAUUUCUGUUUGAUCAAUUACAAAGAACUAAACAUAAUUAAUUACAGAAGUAUAGUAACGGUUUAAUGAAGGUAGAGCCAACGAGCAAAUUUAUUUGCUAUUUUGUUUAAGGCAGAUAAAUUGUUCUUGGAGAUGUAAACGUCAAGUCCUAUAGCCUAAAAUACAAUAAUUAGCAAGUUAUAUUACAAGUUGGCUGCCUCAAUCUUCCAGGCUAUUUGAAUAACUUUCGAGAUCAUGUCUACUACACACGGAAUUAAUGUUCAGUGAGUGUGGUUUUUAAGAAUUUCCUAAAUAUUUCAGGAUUGGCUAGAUACUCAGAAUAUUGAACAUCAAGUUAACGGUCAAAUUCAUCAACUGAUUCGACUUUCGGCUAGACAGCCAUACCGCAGGUUGGAACUCUUUUCAACCAAUAGCAGUUGAAGAAGAAUCGGCAAUUCAGGUGUUUGACUGAAGGUUGAAUCGUCUGACGAAUGCGAGAGAAUGUGAUUGUUUGAGAAUUUUGUAAAAUAUUUAACCAUUAGUUAGAUGCUCAAAAUAUUUAACAUCAAUUUAAGUACACUAACGAUUGAUUUCACCAGUUGAUUCGACAUUCCGUCAGUCGGUCAAACCAACGGUCGUAACCUUCAUCAACCAAUAGUGGUUCAAGAACCAUUGGCUUCAACCGGCGCUUCAGGUGUUUGACAGAAGGUCGAAUCGUCUGGUGAGUGCCAGAGUGUCGUUGUUUGAGAAUUUUGUGAAAUGUUUAAGCAUCGAUUAGAUGCUCGAAAUAUUUAACAUCAUGUGAUUUCACCAGCUGGUUCGACAUUCCGUCAGUCAGCCAAACCAUCGGUAGCGACCUUCUUCAACCAAUAGC